GCGCGCUCUUUCGCCAAAUCAAACGGUAUUGGGUUCAUGUUUCGGGAGUGCCUAAUCAAUGUGAGCGUACGCCCGAGAAGGGUGGGAAAAGGGGGAGCUCCAUCCCGUUCACAGGCCCCCAAAACCAAGGGCGCGAAGGCGGAUGGGGGCCCGCGGGCUGGACGGUCAAUGUGGAGCUCGACCACUACACCAGCCCGGCUCGGCUGAGGCUGACCAUCGCCAGGUACCUCGUCGCCCUGCGGAGGGGCACCCCAGUGGACCGCAGGAACGCCGACGGAGAACUCCUCCUCUUCUUCGGGAACGUGUUCGCCUUCAACCGGAAGACCGUCAACGCGAUGAAGGCCUCCUGGAGCUGGCUGGGCGUGCCCAUGAACCAAAGCGAGGACAAGGGCAGAGGCUGCCCAGAGUUCAUGCGCGGCCGCCGGUUCAUGCCCAAGCAGUGCCCGCAGGACAUCGUCUACCCCGAUAUGGUGAUCGGCGGCAUCCUCCGGGGCGCGGCCGGCAACAAGGUGCCCUUCUACGGCAGGGCGGGCUGCGGGCAGCCAGCGGGGUCUGGCACCCUGACCAACAGGGGCACCUUGUUGCCGAUGGCGUGCUGGGAGAUGGAGAAGAACCCGUACUGGGGCAGGAGCGCCAAGGGUGAGAAGCUUGCCAUCGAGCAGAUGGCGAGGACCCAGUACAUGCGCAGCGGCGAGGAGGCCAGGCUCUUCUACCAGAACGACAGCAAACACGCGAAGCUGUGGGAGCUCUGGUGGAGUGGGCACGACGUCCCCAUCAUACACCACGUGAAGCACCCAGAGGCCCUCAGGCUCGCGCGCGAGCUCUUGCGGCCGUGAGUGGCCCGCGCCCUGCCGCCAAGAUCGGGGCAUGAAGCUCUCGGCGAGCUCCGCGCGCACGUCCUGGAUCCGCGCCGGGCCUCCGUGGCGGCGCCCCGGGCGUGGACAGCACUGCGUGC